AUGACCCAGCACAGCGGCACGGCGAGUGUGCUUAGUAUCAUGCAUGAGCUGCAACAGCUGCGAGAAAAAGUUUACAUUUAUUCGGAGAAGAAUCGCGAGCUAGCAAAAGCUUUGACUGCUGUCAAACAGGAACUUUCAAAAACGCGAGUAGCGCAUAGCACCGCUUUUUCAAAUAAAGUGAUACAGUGGAUGGAGUCGAGCUGCAAACCCAUUGCAAUGAACCACCAAGCUGUACAAUGUUGCAUCGAAACAUCUGAUGAAGACAGUCGUCCAUUGUCCAAAAAUAAGGCUUCUGAACUGAGAAAACAACAUUCUUCGAUCCAGAGUGGCGAAGUCAACGGGGUGCAGUGCUCAGAGUUACAGCGUUUCCCAAGACUUGCGCUUGCAAAAUCUCGAAAGGCGACCGUGCGGGCUAAUGAGAUGGUCGAAGACGUCGAACACCAUAAAGGAGGAAAGGAUACAAUACCAAUUGACUUCAAAAGCGACGAGCUCAAAGGAUGUCCAGUAACACUCACCUCUCAAUCCAGUGGGCCUCCAUUUAAUCAGGUCCAAACGAGCGAACAGACAAGUUUGAAAAGGCGAUUGCGCCAGCGAGAUAGUAGCAUUUCAUACAUUGAGCCAAAGCUGAACACGAAGCUACGACGGGGCGACUACUAUGGCUUAGGCAAGCGGACAGGCCGAGCAGAAAGUGUCUUGAAUUUAAGGCAUUUUUACGCGUUGCCGACAUUCGAGCAACAAUGUAGCCCAUUUCGAAGCAGACGUCGGCUUAUCAAUCGUAUUUCGUACGAGGAGCCCAAGCUUAAUAGAAAGCUCCGCCAGGGCGACAAAUUUACUUUUGUUUCUUAA